CGUCGCCGCCGAGCGUUUCCGGUUCCGUCACCUCUUUGGCGGCCCGUUUCUCGGAGUGACCGUGUGACCGUCCACUUCUCUGCGCUAUGUCCGGUGGCCUCCUGAAGGCGCUGCGCAGCGACUCCUAUGUCGAGCUAAGUCAGUACCGGGACCAACACUUCCGGGGUGACAAUGAAGAGCAGGAAAAAUUACUGAAGAAAAGCUGUACACUGUAUGUUGGAAAUCUUUCCUUUUACACAACUGAAGAACAAAUCUAUGAACUCUUCAGCAAAAGUGGUGACAUAAAGAAAAUCAUUAUGGGCCUGGAUAAAAUGAAGAAAACAGCAUGUGGUUUCUGCUUUGUGGAAUACUAUUCAAGACCAGAUGCAGAAAAUGCCAUGCGGUACAUCAAUGGAACUCGUCUGGAUGACCGGAUCAUUCGCACAGACUGGGACGCAGGCUUUAAGGAGGGCAGGCAGUAUGGCCGUGGACGGUCUGGGGGCCAGGUACGAGAUGAGUAUCGACAGGACUAUGAUGCUGGGAGAGGAGGCUAUGGAAAACUAGCCCAAAACCAGUGAGCAGUUCAGAACCCCACCAAGAAAAAUUCACUCCUUUAGCCUGCUGAAUUUCACAUACGUUACCCAAGGUCUGCAAACCUGCUAUUUUUACCAAGCUUUGAGAGCCAGAAGCCCACUUCAUGGUUUUCCUCUGAAAAUUAUUAAAGGACAAAAUUCAAAAGAAUGCCUUUAAUUCUAGUCUUAGAAUAUUGGCCAUAUGUCAGGUUACCUUGAUUUCCUUUUGAGGUCAAAAAUUGUGUUCCUUGGCAACAGAUUUUAUCUAUAAUGUUGAUCUAACACACACACACACACACACACACACACCCACCCACCCACCCACCCACCCACCACCACCCCAAAACUCACUUUUAGGAAAAUUGAAAAUUCAAAAUUAAAAUUUUGUUCACAUUUAUGUCUAAAUAGGUCCAUAGUCUACACUGGGGCCUGGAAUUACUAUUUAAAAUUUUUUAAGUUUCCUUGAGAUAAAGUUUAAUAAAUCAAGUUUUGUGAUAUUGUAUAGCUUUUGUUUUUAAAAAAUCCCCACAUGAGGACAUGCCUAUUGGUUUUAGAGAGAAGGGAAAGGAGGCAAUGGGGUGGGGGGGAACAUCUAUGUAAGAGAGAAACAUCGAUUGGUUGCCUCUAAUAUGCCCCCAAACCAGGCACCAAACCUGUAACCUAGGCAUGUGCACUGACUGGGAACUGCACCCAUGACCCUUUUGGUUUACCCAGGGCAAUAUUGUAUAAGCUUUGCUCUAAAUUAGGAACAAAUGUUUGACAACUUAAUUUAUUUCUAUGAUGAAUUAUAAUCUCUAAAUGCAAACUUAGGUGUUAAGAAAACUCCCUAAAUAGUUGGUCCAAAAGUAAGCCUUACAGCCCCAGGGGAUACCACCCGCUUACAUAUCAGGAAAUUAGGUAUGAGACUUGAAGAGUAUUUACUAAACACCUUUUUUUCAAAAGAUGUGUUUUUCCUGAGGCUAAAAAAAAAAAGUAAGUUGGUUUGUAUUACAGAGAACCUUGAAUACUACUCUCUAAGGGAAGUGGGGGACACUGUCAGUAAGAAAUGGAUUGAAAUAUCGGGGGACAUGAAUUAAAACAUUGCCCUUGAUAUGUUGAAGGUUGCUGUGAGGGCCAUCAGAUUUAUUCUUUUCAUUUUCAGAGUUGUCUUGGGAAUGGAGUAAGUUUUUAAAAAGAGCUUAAAGGUUGAGAGACUGCCUAAUGAAAACGAUCAGAAAUGCUUCCCUCAGGAACUGUGUUCUGGCUGAUUCUCAUGUUGAAGUCUGUCUUGUCUUUUUGAUUAAUUGUGCUACUGACUUUCAGAACGUUGGCAGUGAUGGUCUCCACAGAGAGGAGAGUCUAGAAUAUUUAUUUUGCAUUUGUAAGGCAAGAGGUGAUUCCUAACAGUGUAUUGAACUGUCGCUCAUUUAAAACUGUUAAUCUAGUAUAAUUUUCCUUGAUAUAAGUUUUUUCCAUCUAGCAACACAGUUUAUGAAACUUGUGGCUGAAAUAUUUCAAUUGUGAAUAUCUUUGACACUACAGUAAGUAUAGGUUUUCUCAUUAAAACUGGUUGUUCGAAAAAAUUUUUAAAGAUUUUAUUUAUUUAUUUUUUGAGCAAGGGGAAAGGAGGGAGAAAUAGAGAAAGAAACAUCAAUGUGUGGUCACCACUCACAUGCCCCCCUACUGGGGCCCUGGCCUGCAACCCAGGCAUGUGUCCUGAUUGGGAAUCAAACUGACAACCCUUUGGUUUGCAGCCUGGUGCUGAAUCCACUGAGCCACGCCAGCCAGGACUGGUUAUUUGAAAAAAAAAAUUUUUUUUAAGAUAUUUUAUUUAUUUUUAAAGGGGAAGGAAAGGAAAGAGGGAGAGAAAUAUCAAUGUAUGGUUGCCUCUCGUGAGUCCCCUGCUGGGAACUGGCCUGCAACCCAGGCAUGUGCCCUGUCUGGGAAUCGAACUGCGAUCCUUUGGUUCACAGGCUGUGCUCAAUCCACUGAGCUACACCAGCCAAGGCUGGUUAUUUUAAUUUUUAAAAGAGCUGUAACUACUUGUACCAUAUGCAAUUAAUUUCAUGAGGACAUACUAUUCACUUUUUAAAUUUUCUUUUUACAUUACAGUUUGAAUUUAAUGUAUUUUAUAUUCUUUUGUAGUAAAACAUAACUCAGAUUUCCAUAGGCCUUAAAACCACAUAGUGGUUCUAUUUGGAAUUGUGUCUUCUGUAACAAAUUUCAAUAAAGUUGGGCCAACUCA